AUGGAAUCCUUUCAAUCCAUUGCGUUGAACAUUCACUCCAAUUCCGAAACAAUCAUGGUAUUGAAUUUUGUUGAUGUUUUCCAAAUGAAUUUCAAUAAUAGAAAUAAUUAUACCGAUCAGCCAUGUAUGGAGCCUUACUUUUUAAGUAUUGAUCUACAGAAAAUAAUGCCUAAUCAUUUGGAUUUUUCAAAUGGAUUAUUUGUCAGUGAGGUCAAGGAACAGCUUUAUCUACAUAGUGAGGUUCCCUGUUGGUUUGGCCUUACAAAUACAGGGAAAAUAGCCAUCAUGAUUGAAGUAGAGAGAGGAGCUGAUUUUAAUGCGUCCUUUCAAGAAAAGUGUCGAAAGUUUAACAUUGAAUUACCAGAAACAGUAGUUCUGAGCUGUGACGAUGAUGACGAAGUUGUUAAAGAAACUCCACGAGAAUCUUCGGCAUCACCAAGUGUGAUGUCUUCGUGUGAAUCUGAGAUGAUAAAGUCCACAUCAAGAAAGUCUGAAAAAAGGAAAGAAUUGAAAUUUGAACAUUUGACCAAAAUGAAACAUGACACAAAACUAUUGCUAGUGAAGGAUUUUCUUCAUUCUCCACUCACUCCAAUUGAAUAUUUACAAAAAAUUGCUCUCAAGACAAGAAAUUUGGACGGAUUUAAUUUCAUUGUGGGUGACCUUUCGAAAGGAUUGUAUUUUUAUUCCAAUAAGGACAAGGAGAGAUGUAUAUAUGAACUUGUACAGGGAGAAUAUGCAAUUAGCUCAAUACCUGGUCUCGACACAGCUCCCGAGGUGUUUGAGUGUGUGAGAAAAGCAAAAAAAGCAUUUCUGAGGUCAGUUUCUGAAUUGAGCGCUUAUGACCUCGAUGAAGUACCUGUUCAAUAUGACGAAUUGAGUAAGUGGGUCAAGUCAAAACAAGAAAUGGUCAUGGAGAGAAGAAAACAAAUGAACUCAAGCCAGGUUCUUCAUGAAUUGUUUUCCAUCGUAGAAAAAGAGGAUAAACAUGGAUUUGAAGAAAUACAUGGCAUGGAUUCAUAUUUAAAAUUGCAUCCUUCAUUGCUCGAAUUAUUACGAUCCAUGUUUAUUAAUCAUCCAGUUUUUGCUACAGAGUUAAACAUGAUGAUUCUCAUACACGAUUGUUCCAUUCCUUCCGAGGAAGAAUGCAUCAAAGUUUUUGGAAAGAAGGUCGUACAAGCAAAUGCCACACACAAGAGAAGAAAAGGUGUCUUAAAACCGUCUACAAGUGUUCAGAAUAUUAUUACUCCCACAAGAGUCAUUUCUAUUGAAAGUCCUGAAAAACCACCUCCUCCCAUGUUCUCCUUAGAUCGAAAAAAGUAUUUGUGCAAUCUUUACAUUCGAAAGUACAAUCAAGAUUUAUUGACACGAGUGAGAAAUGGUGAAUUCAAAUCCGACGAGUAUUGGGAAAGUAUACUGAAUGGCUCGUCUUCUCUGGAGGAUUCCUUUUACAAGUCCAUUUUUCAAUACUUUUACAUUGACACCAAUCAAGAGUUGUAA